CCACUAUCGAAAGGCGGUUGGAGGCCGGUGAUCAACUCGGGGCUGCCCGGCUACGGAGCCUUCUCAGCCGCCCCACUGCACGCGCCGUCCUACAAGUACCAGGACAGCUACCAGUCCUCGUCCCGCCCGGUGGCCACCAGGGACGCCACCAAGCUCACGUCCAUCGCGCAGUCCUACCGGCCCACCACGCUGCGCACGUUACCCGCGUCGUCAACCCUGCCGCAGAACCAGCCCAUCAACUCAUACCUCAACCCCUUCUCCGUACCCAACAAUGGGCUGUCCCACUUCAAAAUAGUCCAGAACUUCCCGGGGGAAAACGUCGUCAUACGCAACCCUCACAAUCCUUACGCAGCGAGGCCUACGUUCUCUAAGUUCCCCACGAAGCAGCAGUUGAACAAGCAGUUCCAGAACAACGCCAUACAGCAGUUCAACAACCAGCAGUUCAACAACCAACAGCAGUUCAACGGCAACCAGUUCGCCAACCAACAGCAACUGAGCAACCAGCACCAGUUGAGCAACCAACAGCAGUUCAACAAUCAGCAGCAAUUGAGCAACCAGCAGCAGCUGAACAAUCAGCAACAGUACAACAAUCAACAACAGCUCAGCAAUCAUCAGUACACUCCGUACCAGUUUGCCGUCCCAUUGCCUGGAUACCAGACGCAGAAGCCUCAGGAUGUAUUCGGGAAGCCGAUUGAUAAAUACGUGAGGCCGACUGACGCGGGCAAGAGGCCUCAGAGUGCUGAGACGGAGAUCUAUAAGCCGGAGGUGUACAAGGUGGACAGCGACACGGCGCCGCAGUCCAUCAACCAGCAGCACGUGCGGACGGCGCAGCAGCAGCAGGCACCGGGGUCGAAGCCAACUGGCAACACUUUCUCGCAGUAUCCGGACAAGUUCGCGCCGCUGCCGCCGAGUAUUUUAGGCACGUUCAGCUCAUACGGAGUGCAGUCAGUGAAGGGUCGAGAGCCGGUGUUCCCUCCAACCAGAGCGACCUUCGCGUCGUCAGGCCAGCCCAGCAAGACCACCAUCUUCAACUCAUUCAGCUUCGCGCCCUACUUCAAGUCAACGCCCACAUACUUCCCACAAACCACGCCCAAGUUCCAAACCACACUCAACCAAAUACACUUCGGGACCACUGUAGGCGACUACAAGGCAACCCCUACUCAGCCACCUAAACUAUUAAACUCUGUAAAAGCAGACCCGCUCGCUGCCAGCAAGCCUAACUUCAAGCCGAGCCCGCAGGAUCCGUUCGCCAAAUUCCCCGGAAAAGCCAACAAAAUCCAAGCAUCAACCUACAACCCCAGCACACAGACGACCACAGCAGUCAACAGCUACUUCAUCCAGAACUUCAAAGACCAUCAAGUGCAGCACAACCAGGGCUACUACAACCAACAGCCAAACUUCAGUUAUGAGAACAAGAAGCACAAGAUCCACGACAGCAUCCCGUCCAGCGUGAACCAGCAGGCGCAGGCGCAGGCGCCCGACCCGCCGCGGCCGCGCCCCGAACUCGAGGCCACGCAGAACUCGCUCCCUGUCCCGGCCACUUACGAGGUCACCGAGAACUACGAGUCGGAUGACGUCACUCACAACUCCUGGCAGGCCAUCACUGACACGUACGAACAGAAGCCGGCGUCCGGCGAGCAAGUGCCGAAGGACGAGUUUCCUGAGGGCGGCCACGUCAAGCCCUCCACCACUCCCGCCACCGAUCUGCCCGAAGAAUACGCUAUCGUUACAGAAGGUGAGAAAGGCUAUGAAAACUCUUUGAGUUACGACACCAACGUUGAAGCUCAAAGCAGGCGGCCACUGGGCGAUGACUUCGAACCUAUCGGCAAGCACAAACUCAAGGACUACUACUACAGAGUAUCCACUCCUUCGCACGACGAAUUCACGACGCAUCACAAGAGGAAGCCGAGGCCCACGGAGGCGACCACAAGCGUGGCGUCGCAGGAGCGUGACGUCACCACGCACUACGUCAAGGCCACCGAGAGCCCCGCCGAGGCGCUGCCCACGCUGCCUCCCAACAAGCACUUCAAGAGACCCAACCCACAGGACCCCAUCGACAAGGACAAGAUCAGGAAGAGGAACAAGAACCGCAGACGCCGCCCUCCCGCAGCCAGCGCCAACAAUGACAAGGAAGAGACGAGCACCCGUAAAUAUCAGUACUCCACUGAAGCAACCACUACGGAAGCGGAGGACCACACCAUAAAACAAAGAGUGAGGGUGCACAAAAACAAAGGACAGAACAAUCUGACUACUCCUACCAUUUCUACAGACUUGUCGACGAGCGCCCUGCCGACCACGUCUCCGACUGCACCCACCAUCGUGAGGAAGAAGAUCAGCCACCGCCGCCCCGGAGGCACCACCGAGAGGCUGGAGAGCACCACCACAUCCUAUACCGACUUUGAUUCCAACAAAGAAUCUCCAAUAAUGAAGAUAGCGUCGCGGCCGCAUCACCCCAGAGUGACGACAAUCACUUUUGACUACAAACCGACAGAAACGCCGGACUACAGUCACAAGCAGGACGAGAAGGACACGCCCACAAGUGACGUCUCCAUCGGCAUCACCGAGAGUCUCCGCAACAAACCUGACUCAGACAAAUCGUUCUCAUUCCACAAAGACGUGAAGCCCAUCGAAGCUAAACUCGAGCCGCUCCGUCAAGGCCCAACCACCACAGAAGGCAGAGCUGACAACACUGAAGAAGCGUCAGAAUUCACCACCACUACUCCCAAAGAUCUCCCAGAAACUACACCAGGAAAGGUACCCAGACGGAAGAACAAAUAUGAGAACAACCGUCCUAAAUUCAGCGUAAAAGAUUACAGAAACCGACUAAGCUCUACAACAACUACUGAGAAGCCAACGGAAGCCUCUCCCGCGGCGCCUAAAAUAAGAUUCCCGCAAAGACGCCUGCCUUUCGAGAACAGAAACAACAGUGACAACGAAACUGAGAGGAAGAAGUUUAUACCUAAAGACGCUAGACAUAAAUCAGCAAAUUCAAGUGACGGUGAGGCGGUGACUGAGAAGGAGGUGGUUCACUCGACGCGGCACCCGCAGCGCCGGUAUUCAUCCACUACAGAGAGUAGUGACGCCACACAGAAGAUCUCUUCCAGAAUAAGGUCUGGAUCCCGGCGGCCGCGGCCCACUGAGGAGACCACCGAGGCGCUGAGCCCGCCCACCACGCACAAGCGACCCUUGAGGAAGAAGAUUAAGGACUCAGACAUCGGAGAGUCGGUCCAAGAUGUUGCAGUAACAGAAACCACCAUCCACUACGAAACUGUGCACGAGACCUCCGAAAGAUCGAAGUCCGAAAGCGCUAUUAUGAAAAUAGCCAAAGAUGACAAGAAGCAUUUGCCAGAGGCCCUGGAUCAUAUCUUCGAGCACUCUAAAAGGGUUUCGGACUUGACUCUAGCCGCGAGCAAAGACUAUAACACUCCGGGCAUGUUUAAAACCGUAUCGCCGAACAGCAGGCGAAUACCCAACUACUUCACGAUAGCGACUGACGAUCCCAUUCUUCCCAUCGAAGCUUUUUUCCCACAAUUAAAUGGUAAGAAGGAAUCGUAA